AUGGGUGAGGACGGAGGCGCCAAACUGCGGCUGAAGGGCAGGAGCGCCGGGAACAGCCCCGGGAACAGGACAUUGACUGACAGAUGGCCCAAGUUUGAAAAAGAAGGAUUAAAUGAGUGUGAACAAACAUGGGUGUUGUUACUGGAAGGCAUCAGUCAGGACACAGACUGGGACACAGUGCCCAGUUUUCCAGAGUUCUUGGAAAAGGAGUCUCCUCGUGGGAGCAAACCUGGGCCUGAGAGCUGUGAGAAGGUGGAAAACCAGAGCGAAGGAUCUUCAGCCCUUGAGAGCUGCCCCAUGUGUCAGGUGCAGUUCAGUGGAAGACUCUCUCAGCUGGACAUCGAUGCUCACCUUGCCAAGUGCCUGUCUGAAAGUGCAGGUGAUGUCAUGUGGUGA